UGUAGAUGAAGCUCCUCCCCCCUCCCUGCUGGUCACGCGGCCUCCUGUGUUGUGAUCCUCGGCUCGGGCAGAGAUGAUGGUGGACCUGCAGUCCGGGUAACCCAGCAGCCCUGAGACUGAAGUGAAAGUCCUUGAUCCAGACCCAGAGGGGGGCCGUGAGGGACUCUGGCGGCUCUGUGCGGGACCGUCCCGGAGGACAUGGAGUUCUCCGCGGAGGGAGAGGCGGAAGAGCGCAGGAGGGAACACUGGAAGCUUCUGUCCAGCCUGAAGACCACCGUGGAGGGUCUGGUGUCCACCAACAACCCCAACGUGUGGUCCCGAUACGGCGGCCUGCAGCGGCUCCACAAGGACAUGAACAACAUCCUGAGUCAUGGACUGAAGAAUGAGCAGGUUUACUACAAGCAGAGAGACUACUGGCCCUUUGUGUGGUGUGUCCGCUACAUCAGCCCCCACCUGGCCUCGCACGUUGAACAGUUCAGUCACCUGGAGCCGGUCGUCAGCACCGGGAUAAAGAGCGCAGGUGAAAGCUUCAAAGCUGAGCGCUGGCUGCUUCACAGCUUACAGGUCCACAUGCUGUCGGCUCAGCUGAGGCCGCUGCUCAGACAUCUGGGACACACACGGAAGUUCUACAACGAUGAUGCCUUUCUGCUGAGCGAGCCUCAUGUGACUGCCAUGUUUCAGUGCCUGGAAGCUGUGGAGCAGAAUAACCCCAAACUGCUGGCUCAAGUGGACACAGUCGGGCUGUCUCCUCUGAAGGGCCCGCCAUGUCUAGGCCUGUUGAAGAGUCAGAGCCUGUGUGUACUGCCGGGGGCCGGCGGCGCCUGGAGGAGUGCUGACUCGGCUCUCAGAGGAGAACCUCUAAAUCGCAGACUCACCACCUCCGACUGCUCCCUCAGAGAAGCAGUCACCACCAGCAGCCGCAGCUCCGGGAGCUCUGCACAUGCGGGAUCCCAAAACUGCAACAGCACAAAUCCUACCUCUCCUCCAGCCAGCAGCCCGGGGGCUCCCUGGGCGUGUGUGUCCAGGCUGGGGGAAAGCGAGCGGGGUGUGACGCCCCCUCCUGGCUCGCUCUCGGUCCCUUGCAUCUCCCUCACGGAGCCGCCCUCUCCCCCCUCGCCCACCUCCCUGCAGCCCGAGGCCGUGGACUCUUGUGAUGGCGAGUACGACGAUGGUCCGGAGUACCUGGCCAUUGGAAACCUGGGGCAACGCAGUCGCCGUGACUCCCACAGCUCUACCCACAGCAGCGAGCAGGGACAGACCAAGGACCAGCCCCUGCAAAGGGGGCCUCUCCUCCUGCCUCAACCCAGACGCUCCUCCUUCUCAGAGGGGCAGAGGGGGCCAAGCAGGGUGACCCGAGGACACACGCGCUCCUUCUCUGACACAGGGGUCAAUCAGAAACUCAGGAAUGGUGAGUAGAUGUGGCGGGGAGCGAGCUGGACUGAUCCGGCUUAUCUUAAGACAGAGUGUCCUUUUAAAGAAUGCUAACACUUUUAGCAUAAGUUAGCACUAAAGCCGUCCACCAUCUCAAACUGUGAACCCCUGUCGCUGUGAAACCAUGGAUUCAGGAGAUCAGAGGGAUUAAAAUGAGCUCAGCUAAUA